AUGGCCAACCGACGGAGUGGCCAAAUAGGAUUUGAUCAGUCGUCAACAUCAGUUAGCUCACCAGCUUCGAAGAAACCAAAUCUAGGAAUAUCCAUUAACCAUUAUAAUCCAACGCCAUCACCAUUCAAGAAGCCUGUAGAUCUCACCAUGUCUAUGAAUGAUCACAAUUCCAACAGUGGUGGUGGUGGAAGAGAAGAUGAAGAAGAUAGAGAUCAAAGCGAGGAGAUUAACGAGGGCGCCGUUGAGUUCCCAAUGCGUAGGACAAGAGGCAGGCCUACAGGUUCAAAGAACAAGCCAAAACCGCCCGUAUUUGUGACGAAGGACAGUCCUAAUGCGCUGCGCAGCCAUGUUAUGGAGGUUGCAAGUGGCUCUGAUGUGGCGGAGAGCAUAGCUGAAUUUGCAAGAAAAAGGCAAAGAGGAGUUUGUGUUUUGAGUGCGAGUGGGAUAGUUAAAAAUGUGACAAUUCGGCAACCUUGUGAUUCUGGUGCAGUAAUGGCUCUACAUGGCCGCUUUGAAAUCCUCUCCUUGACUGGUGCUUUUCUCCCUGGGGCGGUGCCACCGCUGGGAUCCACAGGGCUGACUAUAUACUUAGCCGGCGGUCAGGGACAGGUGGUGGGAGGCAGUGUGGUGGGUUCUCUGGUGGCUGCUGGCCCAGUAAUGGUGAUUGCUUCUACGUUUUCGAAUGCUACUUAUGAGAGGUUGCCUUUGGAUGAGGAAGAAGAAGCUGCUGCCGCCACCGGGGGUGUUGCAGACGGAGGACAGGCUGGCAUUGGUGGUGGUGAUAUGGGUGAACCGCCGGCUUUGGCAGCAUAUAACAUGCCACUUCGGAACAGGGGAGAAUUGAACCAUAGUUCAUUUUCAUGGAGUCAUGGCCCUGCAAAUUACUAG